AUGAAGCCCUUGCUGUCUCUGCUGACCAUGAUAGGCCCAAGUCCUGACUGGUGUCUGGGUGUGAGUGGACAGAGCAUGUGUACUAGUAACUGCACGUGGGUGGACAGCCUUGACAUUGACCUCUACCCAUGGGAUGCUGGGACAGACAGUAGGGUCACCUACAUUGGCCGGAAAUCUCCCACCGAACCUCCAGAACGUAUACAUCGACUUACAAGCACAUAUCCUAACAACAUGGACAGUCCAUUCUAUGGUGUGGACAUUAAACCUUUUGCUCGGCUCAUAAUAACCAAGAAUAAAGAGGCUUGCACAUCAGAUGAUGGCAAGAGCAGCUCCGCAGAAAAUAGUCCCUCCACGGAAGAGCUGGUCAGCAUGAUGAAGAAGAAGAUGAUGAUGAAGAAGAAGUUGGAAUCCCGCCGCAAACCACUUCCUGAUAAUUUCCUAAUGCGACCAAAUGAAGAACGAGACCCUUCAGACGCCUGCACUGUGACUGGCUGGUCUGACUGGUCACCAUGCAGCGCCACCUGUGGUCUUGGCAUGAAGGAAAGAUGGCGAAUGUUUCUCCAGAACACAGAGAAACGAGUGGACUGUGGCAUCCAUUUGAUGGAGAAGGAUUUAUGUCGAGGGGAGGUGUUCGACUGCACAAAAGCUAUGAUGAUGAAAAAUUUUACAGCACUUUGCCAGCAGCCAUUAGAUGGAGGACCAUGUCGGGGUGAUUUUCCAAGAUGGUUCUACAACCACACUGUGGAGAAAUGCCAGGUGUUUAGCUAUGGAGGCUGCAAGGGCAAUGAGAACAGAUUUGAGACAGAAGAAGAAUGUGUGGAUCUGUGUGCUGAGCAUAUGGCGGACAUACUUCGCAAGGAACAAAUAAUGAUCAAGCAAGAAAUCGUGAAUAAACAGAUGGAGAUGGAGAAACAGCUACUGGUUGAAAAACAAAGAAUGUUAGCCCAACAGAGAAUGGUGGAGAAGCAGAAAACAAUGGAAGAGGAUAUGAGGAGAAAAGAACUGCUGAUGCAGAAACAGAAAAUGAUGCAGCAAAAGGAGACACUGAAUGAAGACGAUCUGAAGAAUUUCAUGAUGAAACAGCAGAUGAUGCUGAGUCAAGGGCAAGCAGACACCACCCUCAACACAGGAGAGGAUAACUCAGGAGACUCAAAUGGCAUCAAGAGAAAAAAGCAGAAAGUGCAAAGGAAGAAACAGAGGAUGGAGAGAAGACGGAGGAAAAGGCUAAGACAAAAACAGAAACAAGUGGAAACUAAUUACGAUGAUGAUGAAGGCAGCGAUUAUGAUGCGAGCCAAACCAAUGGAGGGCCUGCAGUUGACUGUGUCGUUACAUCGUGGUCAGACUGGAGUGAGUGUUCAGUCACAUGUGGCAAGGGAGUGAUUAUGAAAACCCGCAUGAUCAAGGUGCAGCCACAAAAUGGAGGGAGAAGAUGUCCGAAGAGAUUAAUUAAAAAGAAAAAAUGCAGACAGAAGAAGUGCCCAGUUAACUGUGAGAUGGAUGCCUGGAGUCAGUGGUCGCCAUGUUCCGAGACCUGUGGUGACAGCUCUGUACAGAUAAGAAAGCGACGGAGAUUACAAAAACCUCGACAUGGUGGUCUUGCAUGCCCAGCAAAGAAAGAGAAAAGAUUCUGCAAUGUACCCAUGUGUACAGGUCCACAUAUGGAAGAAAGCAUGAGACGAUACAUGAUGUUUCACCGUCGCUACUAA